CCAGUCAACUGAGCUCAGUGGUGACACACAGCAGCUCAACAUGUUGCUUUCCAAUCAGGUGACCUUGGUGAGGAUGCUCCUGAACCUGUGCAUUAUUAAUGUGCGUUCUAUUGUUUCGGAAGUGUUGACACGGCUGUUUUCCUUUUGGAUGGGAGAGAACAAGGCUCAGGUGAGCAUCCAGCCCAAACGCACUAAUCUCAGCAGCACGACUCCAGGUGAAGUCCCAACACCGAUGAGUGUGAAUUACCAUUUUACACGCCAGUGUAAUUAUAAAUGCGGCUUCUGCUUUCACACCGCAAAGACGUCCUUCGUUUUGCCUAUUGAGGAGGCAAAGAGAGGGCUAAGACUCCUGAAAGAAGCAGGUAUGGAGAAAAUCAACUUCUCGGGUGGAGAACCUUUUUUGCAUCACAAGGGUGUGUUUCUUGGAGAAAUGGUGCAAUACUGCAAACAAGAGCUUCAGUUACCGAGUGUCAGUAUUGUCAGCAAUGGAAGCAUGAUCAAAGAAACCUGGUUCCAGAAAUAUGGAGAGUAUUUGGACAUUCUAGCAAUAUCCUGUGACAGCUUUAAUGAGGAAACCAACCAAACAAUCGGUCGAGCCCAGGGCAGAAAAAGCCACGUAGACAACCUGUGCAAAGUGCGGAACUGGUGCAGACAGUACAGAGUGGCUUUCAAAAUCAACUCCGUCAUUAACACCUACAAUGUUCAUGAAGACAUGACUGAGCACAUCUCUGAACUUAAUCCUGUGCGGUGGAAGGUGUUUCAGUGCCUCCUGAUUGAGGGUGAGAACUCAGGCGAGAACAGCCUUCGAGAGGCAGAGAAAUUUGUUAUCACUGAUCAGGAGUUCCAGGAUUUUCUAGACCGCCACCAAAGCAUAAAAUGUCUGGUCCCAGAGUCUAAUCAAAAGAUGAAAGACUCCUACUUGAUUUUGGAUGAAUAUAUGCGUUUCCUCGAUUGUCGAGCAGGCAGGAAGGACCCAUCAAAGUCCAUUCUGGAUGUCGGGGUAGAGGAAGCUGUAAAGUACAGUGGGUUUGAUGAGAGGAUGUUUCUUAAAAGAGGGGGGAAAUAUGUGUGGAGCAAAGAAGAUAUGAAGCUUGAGUGGUAAUAUCCCACAGUGGCAAUCAUAUGGCUUUAGAUGUAUACAAAUGUAUGUAAUAAAAAUAUCAUUUGCUGAA